UAAACCAGCAUCAGACCCCGGAGAACCCCCCGCCAAACAGCGACGUCAUCCGAUUUCAAUGGCAGCUGAAACCAAACGUUCUGUUGGCCGCGCCAGCGACGCCAACAAGGCCAAAAGCUGGCGCCAUUGGCAGCUAUGAACGCCUAAAGCGCGGGGAGCCGGCUUCACCUUCCCUUUUAUUCAUUCACCUUCUCGCUUCUUCCAACUUCAAUUUCUCACGACGAUUCUUCGUUCAUCAAAAAGCUCCGUCGUCUCCUCUAGAACGUCGAUAGCGGCCAAUUCGGAGCUCCGACAACUUCUAGUCCGUCCACCGCAUCUCAGGGAGGGUUUGGGCAGUACGUGCUUGUACUGUCUUGCGUUUAUCGGCCACCCCCAGAAUGCCCGGGCAAGCAUGGAGUCGCUUCCUUGGCUUGAAUCACCCAAGCCGCGGCCAUCACGACCGCAACGGCUGGUGGGACGAGUCGAGACAACGACUUCUCCCAACCUACCGCGACGAGUCCGUGCAGUCGGCGAUUCCAGCCCAGAAAGUCACCGAAGUGGCGCUCCGCAUCCGCCACCUGAUUGAAGAGUGCGUCCCAUGUGAGCUCAAGGAGAGCCAAAUCACGUCCCCGCACAGCAAGGUCAUCAGCCCCAAGGUCAUCCAGGCCGCCAAGGAAGCAGGCGGCCGCGAGCACGGCGCCUGUGUUGUGUUUUGCCUGCUCGUCAACAAGAGCUGGUGGUGUCACCAGGCGCUGCUGGAGCUGUGGGAUGCCGACCUCCACUACCUCCGAGCCACGGCCUGCGAAGUCAUCGCCAAGAAGAUCAUCGAGUCCGAGAACACCGAGUACCUCUUGCACUCGGUCCUGCUCAAGCGCUACUCCAUCCUAGUCGACGGCCGACCUACCCAUCCCGUCAAUGUCAUUGAGAAGGCGGUCGACUUGCACGCCCUGCGCGUCAUCGGCUCUUCGGGCUACCAGAAGUGCAUUAACCACCUCUGGCGCGGAUGGCUGGUCCAGGACGAGAACGACCCGGCCUCCUUUGUCGACUACAGGGACAAAGACAACACGUCCUACAUCGCGCACCUGGAUCCCGACCGCAUGCGCUCGCCCAUGUACCAGAACGCCACCCAGAUGCUCAUGUCCUUUAUCUAUCUCGCCCUGUACACGGUCGCCAUGAACACCGUCAACGAAGACGGCGGCAUCGACCCGGUCGAGGUUCUUCUCUACCUCUUCACCCUGGGCUUCAUCUGCAGCGACGUCACCAAGUUCUGGAAGGCGGGCUACUACAUCUUCAACUUCUGGAAUGCUUUCAACUCGCUGCUCUACGGCCUGCUGGUCACCAGUUUUGCCCUCCGCUGCAUGGCCCUCAGCCACCCCCAGGGCGACCCGGACGGGCUGCGGCAUCGCUUCAGCACCCUGAGCUACAGCUUUCUCGCCGUAAGCGCGCCGAUGUUCUGGGCCAGGCUGCUGCUAUAUCUCGACAGCUUCCGCUUCUUCGGCGCCAUGCUGGUCGUUCUCAAGGUCAUGAUGAAGGAGUCCAUCAUCUUCUUUGCCCUUCUGGCCUUUCUCGUCGUUGGUUUUCUGCAGGCCUUCGUGGGACUCGACUAUGCCGACGAUCGGGCGGUUGAGGACAUUAUGUUUAUCGUCCAGUCCAUGGCCAACACCGUGAUGCAGUCCCCCGACUUCAGCGGCUUCGAGAGGUUUCAGCCCCCGUUCGGCUUGAUCCUUUACUACUGCUUUACCUUUGUCGUCAUGGUCAUCCUGCUCAACAUCCUGAUUGCGCUGUACAACUCGGCCUACGAAGACAUCUACGAGAACGCCAACGACGAGUACCUAGCCAUGCUUGCCCAAAAAACCAUGACUUUCGUCCGCGCCCCGGACGAGAACGUCUUUAUCCCGCCCUUCAACCUCAUCGAAACCUUUAUCUUGGUUCCCUUCCUCGAGUGGUGGAUGGACAAGAAGACGUACAAGCGCAUCAAUGACAUUGUCAUGGGCAUCAUCUACUCCCCCCUCCUACUCAUCUCUGCCUACUUCGAGACGCGAUGGGCCCGAGAGAUCCUGGUGAACCGUGCCCGCGGCGACGCCGACGACGACACGGUCGAGGAGUGGGAACAAAUGUUGGGGCAGCUAGACUUCGAGUCGGAUGGCUGGAAGAAGCAGGUCGAUGCCGCCAAGAGCAACCUCGACGAGGACCCCGCAGUCUCCGAAGUCAAGAAGCUCAGGGAAGAAGUGGAUAAGUUGAAAGACAUCAUUCUCUCUCUCCGCAACGCGCUGGGAAAAGGUGACGCCCAGGGGAUCGAAAGCUGAGCACAAACCGUUGUGCUACAACUCUUGCGUGGUUGAUCAACCAUCAGGCCAGGCAGUGGAUGGGUGAUGGAAUGCAAGCUGUACGUACCAGGGAUUGGAAGUAAACGCUGGGUGGACCAGUGGGGCUUGGUGGCCAGCACUCUUGAACGUGAAGAUUGUCGUCGACAGGGAAUUAUAUAGUUCAUGGAGAUAAUGCCCAAACCCACGCGCCAUGUCACCAGCCUCGUUGCAGAGGCCCGUACACUGUUCCCUGUUAUCUAAGGUAGGUUGUAGAUAUGUACACACCAGGCUUGGAAUCUCGGAGCAUAGUCUAGGGUUCGUGGGCUCGGAAGAACCUGUCUCAUCCCUACAUAAACCCUACAUGCCUAAACCUCAAGGGCGGAAGAGGGGGGGGG